AUGGAUUUCCUGGUGGAUAGGAACCACACUGCAGUGACAGAGUUCAUUUUAUUGGGCUUAACCGAUGACUCUUUUCUUCAAAUCACCCUCUUCAUCCUCAUCCUUUGUAUGUACCUGGUGACCAUAUCUGGCAAUGUCAGCACAAUCGCUCUGAUCAGAAUCUCCUCUCAGCUCCAUUAUCCUAUGUACUUUUUCUUAAGUCACUUGGCUUUUGCUGACAUAUGCUAUUCCUCUUGUGUCACCCCCAACAUGCUUGUACAUUUGCUGGUGGAGAAAAAGGCAAUCUCCUAUCUUGGGUGUGGCAUCCAGCUGGGUUCAAGUGCUUUCUUGGGGACCCUUGAGUGCUUCCUUCUGGCUGUCAUGGCGUAUGACCGCUUUGUGGCAAUCUGCAGCCCACUGCUUUACUCCACCAAGAUGUCUGCACAAGUCUGUGCUCAGUUACUGGUAGUGGCUUAUACAGGUAGUUUUCUCAAUGCUUUUGGGCAUGCUGCUUUCUAUUUCACUUUUCUCUUCUGUGGACCCAAUCGAGUGAAUCAUUCAAAAGAUACCUUAUAG